AUGUCUGCAUCCAACAAGGUAGACAGCUCCCACAAGGAUGAACACCAGAACCGGGGCGUCACUGGCCAAGAGCCUGCAGCGCUUCUGCUGGACCGCUGGACAUUGUCCAAGUGCACGAAUAACACCUACUUGGCCGUUGGCGAUGGUGCGAAGCACAUCCAAACGGAGUACUUCCCCUUCACGCGUCCGCGGGAAGAGCGGCAGGCCGCGGACAUCAAAGAUGUCCUACUGGCCGAUUCAUCCUCCAAGUGCGAGAAGCUUCUUAGCAUAUAUGCCCCUCCGGCUCACCCCUUUCAGCCGGGCUCCAGUUGGUAUCCUUGGCUUUUUUUCCUCCUGCUACUGCCGCUGUCGUGCCUACUGUACUUCUUGUGUUUCAAGAUGCGCAAGAGGAGGCAAUUCAUUCCACCAGCACGGGAAUCCGUUGGAGAUCCUGGCAACGUCGAGCUCCAGGGUAUGGAACUAAGGGUACAAAAAUGA